AUGAAGUUCUCGGUUAUCACUCUCCUCACUUAUGCUAUUAUUAUACAAGGAGCUGCUCUCCCACAAGCAGCAGUUACAAUUUCUACUGACACCCCACUCUCCACUGCCCCCAACAAUAUUGUUCCUGAUUCAAUUGAAAAUCACUUCAGCAAACAAUUUGAUGCCUCUAAAUCAUUGAUGGUAAAGGUUGACGAUAAGCCUAUUCAAGAAUUUCAAAAGCGUGUUGUGUUAGUUAUAGCUAUAACUAGAAUCACCACUAUUAAGGGUAUCGCUAUCUUAAUCAAAAUUGUUGUUAAAAACCCAGAUUAUAAUAAAUAUUCUGUUGUUAUAUGUUAUAAUAAGGGAUACUCUAUUAGAAACCCUACUAGUAUUAUUAGAAAAGUCAAUAUCAAGCUUUCUCUUAAUCUUCUUAGUAUUAAUUACAACUAUAUAUAUAUAUAUAUAUAUAUAUAA